ACUACAUUUGGAUUGGUGCAUGCCGGCGUCUCCGCUCAUGGAGUCUGGGAUGCCCACCGAUCAAAUCUCCUCGAUUGCAGGAACCUCUUCAGCCUGGCAACACUGUGGAGAUGUUGAGAUGCACAGCCCGAGCGAUGGCUCAUCCAAAACACACGCCAGCCAGCUUUUUAACGUGUCAGUCACGUCGUUUCCAGGUCCCCUAUUAUCAACACUUCAUUCUACACCACUAAAAACACUCAAGUCGCGAAGAAACAUUCACCCUGAACUGUCUCCUGGUGCUCUCCAAGGACCAAGCAAACGAAUGCCAGCACGUAAAAGAGAACUGCAGGUUGAUCCAAACAAGUUUUCAAGGUUUGUGGUGAUUUUUAUGAAGUCUUUGGUUGGAGCUAUGGCAUUAUUGUGCUUCGUGUGGACAAUUUGGCUCAUAUUGUUGACAAUUAAACCAAAUGAGACGGUCAACUGGGUCAUGAAGACGGAAACCUUCGAUGACGGCUCGUUCUGGUUAAUGGUUGACCCUCCAAUUGAAAUGGCUUCGCUGUCUGUAUGUGGAUUUUUGCUAGUGGCGAUUGGAUAUGCUUCGGUAUUUGUAAAGGUUAUUCAACAGCCAAAGCACACGAGAUUAGUCAGACAUGCAUCUCGGCUGGAAUCCAUGACUACAAAUUUGCGCAAAGAUAUCAUUUCUAGCGCAAGUAAGCAGCGCGAAAACAAGGUGACGACGGUCCUCGCUCACUCGGUAUUGCUACUGGUCAAAGACGAUAGUGUGGCUGUGAAGAUCGUGCGAGUCUGGAUAAAAUUCGCCGACCUCGCAAUCGAGUCGCUUAUUCUAUACCAGAUCCUAGAGGAGGGCUCACCCUCUCUGCUAGUAGCGGUGUUUUCUACCAUUGUAGGGAUGAAUGCGUUGUCAUGUGCGCUUAUGAUGUUUCUUCCGAAUGACCAAACAGGACUGAGCGAAAUUAUCGUCGAUACACUAUUUGACUUUCUGGUUGCGGUGGGUUAUCCAAUUCUAAUGGUUAUUUACUGCCUAUCAACAUUUGGACUUGAUCACGCAAAAAUUGCGAUUAACUUGAAAGUUUUUCCUGCUGGGUAUUUCGAGAGGAAUGCAAGUGUUAUCGCAGAUCCAGUGCAGACAGACAUCAUCUACAAAACUCUAAAGUCCCUUCAAAUUUUCACGUUACUGGACUUCACUCUACGAGUCGGAGUUCACGUGGUUUUCUCAUAUCGAUUGUCUCGAGUGGCUGAUCUUAUACGUGACUCAAGUAGGAGACCCGCACGACUGUAUCCAAAGCGACAUUUUCUAUGCACCAUGGCAUUGGUUGUAUUCGCAGUUAUCCUAGCCAUAUUUGUUCAGAAAAGCAUGUGGACAUCCGCAAUGGCCUGUCAGCGCCAUCUUGAGUGCGCUGUCAAAGCUCAUCGUUGGAUUAUUGUAGAUCAAGAUUCAAUGACUCAGUGUCCAUGUUUGGUCCUUAUUGACGGUGAUCUGGCACCCAAAACAUUUGAGAGUUGGCAGCAACCUGAGGAUGUGACUCUCAAAGUCACACAGCUAGCUACGACAGGAGACCUACGUACAAUUCAACUCACGAAUCGAUAUUUUCCGACGUUACCGGAGCAGUUGCGACGAUGCAGUAGAAUGCGGCAUUUAUCACUCGUUUACACGCACACUGACACGCUCCCCGCUUGGAUCAAAGAAUAUACCCAUUUGGAGUAUCUGUAUGUCGAGGGGACAUUUGACAGCUCACUGGUCGAACUUCCGCCGGAUAUGCUCGAUGAGAUGCCAUUGUUGACGUUUAUUCACUUGGGGAUGCAUCUACGACUGCAAAGGCUGCCUUCGUUCAACGGCCUGAAGAACCUGAAAGCACUCACAUUGGCUCUGUUUGUCUCGCUAGUUGAGUUGCCCUCGUUCGACAAUUUGUCCAACUUGGAGCGCUUGGUGCUAACCUACGUACCACGUAUUGAAAUUCUCCCUGAUCUGAAGGCAGUGCAGAAGCUCAAAGCCUUCUCGGUUAACGAUCGCGGGGGUUGGUGCUGCAAUGGAUUUCUCGGUGAAUGUAAUCUGCAAGACCCUUUUUGUGCUGCCCACCCCUUUUGGGGAAUACCUCCAGCCUCAUGUUUACCAUCGAGCAGAACUGCAUCGAGUGAGACUAUAGCGGUGGUUGAUAAGUUCCCUUCUACUGUCUGUAAGCCUGUGGAAUCGAGAUCUCCGGGGCCAGGUUUUCCAUCUCCAGACACUAUCUCCCAGUGUGAUGGUGUUCUUUAUCGCAAAUGUCAUCUGCCUGGGGUCGAAGAAGCCAUGUGCUACAAUGCAAGAUUCAUGGCAAUCUUCUGCAUGCCUGAUCCGUUAGUGAUCGAGAUGCGACGACGUCAAAUUCAGCUGGGUGUGGGAGAUCUAUGCAAUCCCGACCAAGAAGCCUGGUUGGGAUGUCUGUAG